GCUGAGUCAGCUUUACCAGCAGCUGGAAAGUAAUUUGAGAAGAGCGCAGAUUCCAAGGAGUGUUCUCGGUCUGCACGGAGGACACACUGAGGCAUUUAAAGACUUGCAGUUAUUGUUGCCGAAAGUUGUACUCAGCUUAGAUCAAUCCUAUGUCUACUUAGUAGGUGAGAUGAGUGAAGUAUCUCAGGCCAAACAGAUCCUCCUGCUUGGUUCAUUAGAUAAGCAGGAAAAAGACCUAACAGCAAGGGAAGAAACUUCAGUUUCAUCUAACCCAUCUAACUCCCCAACGUCUGAGCCAGAGGGAGCAAGGGCGGAUAUUUUAUCCAGUGUGAUGUCCCCUAAAUUAAGCAAUUCUGUUACUGGACAAAAAAGAAGGGCUUGUGAGGAAUAUAAAUUGGCAGCUCGAUUUAAGAACUUUGAAAUGGGCAUACAAGUAGUUCGUCCCAGAGAAAGAGGAAGAGCCAGAGAGUGCCAAGAUUUAAACUCAACUAUGGCAUCUACGUUUAGACCAAGCCCACCUUCAAGGUCCUGUCUAGGCACUGAAGGUUUGGCUAAUUGCGACCAGACCAGUCAAAUGAGUUCUCGCACAGGUGCAGGGGCAAAUCAAAGAGAGGAUAUCUUGUUUCGGAAGAUGGAUCCUCUGUGUUUUACGGGUACAUUGAAAACCAGCGGUAGCAGAGCAAACUCUACAUUACCACCCUGUACAUCUUCAGAUACCCCAUCAGAUCUUGACAGACACAUCAAGAGUUUAGUAUCUACAGCAGAAUCUUCAACUACCUCUACAUCUUCAUUAAAAAGGGUUAAUAGUUUCUCUGGACUGCCUUCACCAAAGCAGGCGAAUGAAGAAAAUGGAAUCAGUGAGAGUGUGAGGUCAGGUUCCUAUAGAAGGACAAGAUCAAGUAGCCUUAGUAGGGUUAAGACUGUAUCAAGAGAACUCAUUGUACCUGCUGUUAUGUGGAACUACAUGAAAGUGGCUUAUCACUCUGAUAUAAGUGCAUUGAUUUCCGAUCUAAAAGUGUCAGAAAGCCAGACAGACAAGAAUAAAGUUGUGGUUGGUUUAAAGGGAACAGAUUCUUCCACGGUUGAAGAACGUCAGCAUCAACUUCAAGAGCUAGUUGACAGAGUUGCUUCAGACUUUUGUGUUAAGCAGCUAAAGCUGGCAGAUCUUGGUGUGGCUAAAUAUGACGAGGUGUUAGAGGCAUUCUGCUCUCAUAUACGCUCACGUUUCCGCAAAGUCUUAAUAAAAAGUCUAACAGACACUCUUGUCUUGAGUGGGCCUAAAUCGCUUUGUUCGCAGGCCAUUAAAAUGUUGAAAGAAGUGUUUCAUAGUGAAGUAUCAAAUUCUGGACCUGUGGUCAAUAUCACUCAGGAAAGUAUAGAUCAGGGUCGAGCUAAGACACCUAGCCACACUUCAGUUCAAAGGAAUAGUCAGAUUACACCAAAUCUAACCAGUAAGAAUACUCAGGAUAAUAUGGCUGGUCAAUUUAAAGCCUUCCAGUCGGAGCACUGGAGACCAAGUUCUAUGCAGCCACACAAACCAGUUGUUAAGGAGAAGCUUAAAAAGGAUGGGCUUGAACAUUUGAAAACAAGCAAGUCUAGCACUCUGGAAAGCAAAUCAUCUAGGGUAAACGAAGGAAUUUUGUUUGACCGACAAAGGCCUUCAACACCUACAACACAGAAAACCAUAAGUGCAGCCUCAGUGACUGGAAAACAGACCAACUGUCCAGUCCAUACCCAGCCAGAGACCUGUGUCUGUGGAAAGAGUAGUCCACGUGUGGUGCAGACAAGUUGUGGUGUGUUCCUGUGCCCUCAGUGUCUCCCAAUUCAUGCUCAAUGCAUGACAUGCUCUGAAGUGAAGGCAGUCAAGGAGUCAUUACCGGAGAUGCCAGUGCAUUCACAUAGAGUGGAGCAGAAGAUUGAGAAGGUUACAGGGAAAGAAGCUUCCAAGGGACAAAAAAGGGAACAAGGGAUUCACGGCACUAUGACGAUCGUGGAGUUGUCGCUGACAUUACCAGGCCAUGAUCGAUACCCAACAGUCAAGAUCACCUACCGCAUACCUGAUGGCAUUCAAGGGGAAGAACAUCCUAACCCCGGGUCACCAUUCCAAGGAGGUGUAUUUGAGGCCUAUUUGCCGCUAAACUCAAAAGGGCGGGCCUUACUGCAAUGCCUGGACAAAGCAUUUAAGCAGGGGUUAAUAUUUACAGUUUGCUCAGGGACCAAGACGGGAAGUACAGCAAAAAUAGCCUGGAACAGAAUCCCCCAUAAGACCAAUAUUUCAGGAGGCAAAAGUGGGAAUGGAUAUCCAGACUCUACAUAUCUUAAUGACUUGUCUGACGCGCUGAAAGCUUGUGGGAUCGAAGCAGUUUGAAUCAAACAGUGAAAUGAUGGUACUUUUUACAAUAACAGAAGCCUUAUUUGUAUUUUAUUUUAAUCUAAAAAGCACCUUUUGCUUAUUGUAAAUGUAUAUAUUAUUAGUAUCAAUAGUAUUAUUGUAUUUUUUGUAAUCAGGAUUUUUAUUAGCAGCUUAUUGCACUUUAAUUUCUUAAUUUCUUAAUCUGAAGUGUUUAUU